AUAAGCAUAUAUUGAAUCUUUAGAAAAGAAGAAGAAGGUUAACACGAAAUAACCAUAUUUUAGAGUUAAAAUAUUUGUUUAGUUUAAUAGUGUAUAUUAACAAUAUGACUAUUAUGGAAAGAGUUAAGGAAGAUCAUGAUACAAGUGAAGUAGAUGAAGAAAAUGUCAGCAAUGUUUCUGAUCAAGUAAAUGUCUCUGAUGAAGAAGAUAACGGUCUUUCAAACACUGGUUGGGCUGAUGCCAUUUCAAAAAUAUUGAAACAAAAACCAAAAAAGAAACGUAAAAGUGUAGUACUAUCUAAAGCCAAAAAAAUAACUGACCUUAAGAAAGUUGAAAAAGAAUCAUUUGGAUUUGAAAUAGAUGGUGCGGAAGAUAUUGAUAAAAUUAAAGAAGAAACAUCUGAAGAAGUGAAAACAGAAAGUACAGAACCUACAAAAAAGAAAAGGAAAGAAUUGCCAAAUCUACGAGUAAAACCUAAUAUCCUAGAAAAAGACCGAGAACGUACUUUACAAAAAAUAGCAACAAAAGGUGUAGUUCAACUAUUUAACGCUGUUAAGAAACAACAACAGGACAUAUCUAAGAAACUCGAAGAAGCUGGUCCGUUAGAAGUUAGAAAAGAGAAAGUGUUAAAAAACAUUGAUAAACGAGCAUUUUUGGAUGUUCUUAUGGGAGAAAAAUCACAAAAGUUGGAAGAUGACACCAUCCCAAAAAUUAACAAGAACGUAAAUACUGAUAAAGAUGUUACUUGGAGUGUCCUUAAAGAAGAUUUCAUGAUGGGGGCAAAAAUGAAGGACUGGGAUAAACAGUUAGAAACUGAAGAUGUGCAAGUUGAAGAAGAUUAAAAGUUUUUUUUCAACAAA